UUUGACAUGAGCGCGCGGUUCUUCGAGGGCUCGCGGAGGUCAGAGCUCAGAGAGUGCAGGCGGACCGCGGAGAGACACGCUCGCUCAGUUCAUCUACAGGAGGAUGGAGGUGGAGAACCGACCCAACGGAUUUCACUUCUCCAAACAGGACAAAUUACUGAGCAGCGGUUUUUAUGAAGAGAACUCCCUCCAAGAUGACACAGAGGACGGGGGUGAGCGCUGGUGUCUGAUCUGCGGUGACCGGGCGUCUGGACUGCACUAUGGAAUCAUUUCCUGUGAGGGGUGUAAGGGCUUCUUCAAACGCAGUAUUUGCAACAAGCGAAUCUACCGCUGCAACAGGGACAAGAACUGCCAGAUGUCCCGCAAGCAACGUAACCGCUGUCAGUAUUGCAGACUGCAGAAAUGCCUUCAGAUGGGAAUGAACCGCAAGGCAAUCAGAGAGGAUGGGAUGCCAGGAGGGAGGAAUAAAAUGAUCGGACCUGUACAGAUCUCGCUGGAGGAGAUCGAACGAAUCAUGUCUGGCCAGGAGUUUAAAGAAGGAGCCGAACUAUCAGAUGCGUGGAGCCACGGCUACAGUAACCACAGUUCACCUGGCAACAGUAUCUCCGAGGGCGCUCAGACCUUAUCUUUCUCCACGCUGUCAACCAGCCGUUCUGUGGAUAUGAGCACGUACUCUGUGUCCUGUAGGGAUCAGUGCAGCAGUCCUCAACUCACACACUCUUUCCUGUUGUGUAAAUAUCCUUUGCCGCCCCCUACUGGCAGCAGCCUGAAGACGCAAUCACACACAUUCUCAACACAGCUACUCAAUGCGGAAGACCUCACACCUCUCACUACACCCAUGGUCAUAGAGAAGGGGUAUAUCGUGACUCAGUCGGAGCUGUUGGCUCUGCUGUGUCGUAUAGCUGAUGAGCUGUUAUUCAGACACAUCGUCUGGCUGAAGCGCUUACCGUUCUACAGUGAUCUGUCCAUCAAAGACUGCACUCGUUUACUGGGGGCGUCCUGGCAUCAGCUCGUCCUGCUCUCCUUGCUCACGGUGCACAGCGGACAGAUACUGGGAGAACUGGCCAACAUCACACACCAGUACACACCAUCCGGCCUGACAUUACAGAGGUUUGGUGAGGAUGCUAUGGAGGUGAUGGAAAGCUUAAAUUUUCUCUUUCGUAAGUUUCAUCAACUAAACAUCAGCAAUGAGGAGUUCAGCUGCUUGAAGACAGUCACCCUCCUCAAUCACGAUGUGGCAGGUUUGUCCAACACACCCAUGCUGGAACAGUUAAGUGAACGUUACUGGUCUGUGUGUCGCGACCUUACUGAACAUCUCCACCCUCACCGGCCCAAACGCUUCUCUGACAUCAUCACCUGCCUUUCUGAGAUACGCCAUACCUCAGGUAAGAUGAUGGGCGUUCCUCUGGAGCAGCUGCCACUGCUCUUUAAGGCAGUACUGUACUCCUGCACAACCAAUCAAAACCCCUGGCUGGCCAACAGCUCCGCCUCCGGGACAUAAGGCUUGCCUCCAGCUGGCUGUUGAUAUUUUCCCCCCAAUGUAUUUAUUACAUGACAAAGUUGAAUGUAAAACCGAUGUGUGUGUUAUUUCGAACUGUAGCAAAUGUAGCAAACAACCGAAUUAGAUUUCAAGAUUACCUCAGGAGCAUAGCCUUUGAAAUAAAGACUUCUGCAUUCUCCAGUGACAUUGAACAAAACGCAUGACAAUUGUGCUAAUUAUCCAAAUGAAGAUGAACGUGCUGCAAUCAUUUGUUGAAUUAUGCAGCCACUAGCUAUGAUACUGUAUAAAAUGUCCUUGUGUUAGAGGAUGUCACUGAUGAAAUAUGCCAAGGUGCUGCAUUUCAGUCGAGUAACAAUGUUUCUUAUUCGAAUGGUAGCUACGUUUUAAGCUAUAGGGAUUUCAGUUGUUCGCUAGUUGAAAUGAUUGACAUUUCGACCAUCCACAGCUCGCAAGCUUAGUUCUGUUGAGUACCAAUGCCGCAAAAUACAUGCUGUUGAUCAUCGUUUCUUUGGGAUGGAGACUUCCGGUAAUGUUUGAGCCAGUCGCCGGGGUAACGAAAUGCAAUAAGCACACUCUUUAGCCCAGGUGUGUGUGUGUGUGUGUGUGUUACAUGUCUUCAAGGAAGUGUGAAUGUUUGAACAGGGUUUAU